AUGCUAAAUCCGGCUAACGGCGACCCGGUCCACGUCGUUACAAAUUAUGUGGAAGAAUAUUUGGACUUGGUCGAAUCACUGCCUUUCGACCUACAGAGGAGUGUGUCGCUUAUGAAGGAAAUUGAUGCUAAAUAUCAAGGUAAAUCGUUCACGUUUCAUCCACUGACCAGCUAACUACCUGCUAGGUAAAUAAUGUAGCUAGCUAGUUUACAAAAUUGCUACUAGUCUGUUAGCCUAGCUAUCAGAAGUUACACUGCUAGUUUCUAGCAGUAGCUGCCUACAGGCAUCCAGAUAUACAAGCUAGCAUCUUUUGAUUAAGUUAGAAUAGUAGACAACUUUUAUUCCAAUUGAAUGUAAAAAAUUACAACAAUAUUUGUUUCAAGUUAUGUAUUUAGCUAACUAGAGUAAUACACGUUUGUGUUUAGUUCCAUAAUAAAACUGCCACUCCAUCCACUUUAUGCUAUCUAUUGGCCAUCUUUGUUACAUCUCUUGCAUCCUUUGUUUUUUCCCCUGCCUCAGAUGUCCUGCAAGAGCUGGAUGAUGCUUAUGAGCGCUACCGUCUGGAGUCCGACCCUCUCCAGCGGUGUAGACUUCAGCUGGCCAUCCAGAGAGUGCUUAUCAGCAGCCAGGAGCUGGGAGAUGAGAAGAUCCAGAUUGCUGGGCAGAUGGUGCGUGAACGUGGCUGGUUGCCUGUAUGAUUGUUUAUGGAAGAAAAAGUGUCUUCCCUUUUAUGUGAACUUUGCAUAAUGAUUUUCCAGCUUGAAAAACAAUAAUAUAGAUAAUAAUAAUAAUAAUAAUAAUAUGCCAUUUAGCAGACGCUUUUAUCCAAAGCGACUUACAGUCAUGCGUGCAUACAUUUUUACAUAUGAUAGAUAUAUAGAUGAGGCUGCAACAAAGCCCAUAUUGGUCACUCUUCUUGACCAACUUGUGUAUGUGCAUAUAUAUAUAUAUAUAUAUAUAUAUAUAUACUGCUCAAAAAAAUUAAGGGAACACUUAAACAACACAAUGUAACUCCAAGUCAAUCACACUUCUGUGAAAUCAAACUGUCCACUUAGGAAGCAACACUGAUUGACAAUACAUUUCACAUGCUGUUGUGCAAAUGGAAUAGACAACAGGUGGAAAUUAUAGGCAAUUAGCAAGACACCCCCAAUAAAGAAGUGGUUCUGCAGGUGGUGACCACAGACCACUUCUCAGUUCCUAUGCUUCCUGGCUGAUGUUUUGGUCACUUUUGAAUGCUGGCGGUGCUUUCACUCUAGUGGUAGCAUGAGACAGAGUCUACAAACCACACAAGUGGCUCAGGUAGUGCAGCUCAUCCAGGAUGGCACAUCAAUGCGAGCUGUGGCAAGAAGGUUUGCUGUGUCUGUCAGCGUAGUGUCCAGAGCAUGGAGGCGCUACCAGGAGACAGGCCAGUACAUCAGGAGACGUGGAGGAGGCCGUAGGAGGGCAACAACCCAGCAGCAGGACUGCUACCUCCACCAUUGUGCAAGGAGGAGCAGGAGGAGCACUGCCAGAGCCCUGCAAAAUGACCUCCAGCAGGCCACAAAUGUGCAUGUGUCUGCUCAAACGGUCAGAAACAGACUCCAUGAGGGUGGUAUGAGGGCCCGACGUCCACAGGUGGGGGUUGUGCUUACAGCCCAACACCGUGCAGGACGUUUGGCAUUUGCCAGAGAACACCAAGAUUGGCAAAUUCGCCACUGGCGCCCUGUGCUCUUCACAGAUGAAAGCAGGUUCACACUGAGCACAUGUGACAGACAUGACAGAGUCUGGAGACGCCGUGGAGAACGUUCUGCUGCCUGCAACAUCCUCCAGCAUGACCGGUUUGGCGGUGGGUCAGUCAUGGUGUGGGGUGGCAUUUCUUUGGGGGGCCGCACAGCCUUCCAUGUGCUCGCCAGAGGUAGCCUGACUGCCAUUAGGUACCGAGAUGAGAUCCUCAGACCCCUUGUGAGACCAUAUGCUGGUGCGGUUGGCCCUGGGUUCCUCCUAAUGCAAGACAAUGCUAGACCUCAUGUGGCUGGAGUGUGUCAGCAGUUCCUGCAAGAGGAAGGCAUUGAUGCUAUGGACUGGCCCGCCCGUUCCCCAGACCUGAAUCCCAUCGAGCACAUCUGGGACAUCAUGUCUCGCUCCAUCCACCAACGCCACGUUGCACCACAGACUGUCCAGGAGUUGGCGGAUGCUUUAGUCCAGGUCUGGGAGGAGAUCCCUCAGGAGACCAUCCGCCACCUCAUCAGGAGCAUGCCCAGGCGUUGUAGGGAGGUCAUACAGGCACGUGGAGGCCACACACACUACUGAGCCUCAUUUUGACUUGUUUUAAGGAUAUUACAUCAAAGUUGGAUCAGCCUGUAGUGUGGUUUUCCACUUUAAUUUUGAGGGUGACUCCAAAUCCAGACCUCCAUGGGUUGAUAAAUUUGAUUUCCAUUGAUCAUUUUUGUGUGAUUUUGUUGUCAGCACAUUCAACUAUGUAAAGAAAAAAGUGUUUAAUAAGAUUAUUUCAUUCAUUCAGAUCUAGGAUGUGUUAUUUUAGUGUUCCCUUAAUUUUUUUGAGCAGUGUAUAUAACACUAUGUACUGUCCUACUGUUCCAGGUGGAGUUGGUGGAGAACCGUAGCAGACAGGUGGACUGGCAUUCUGAGCUCCUCCACGCCUCCAAGGAGAACCCUGAUACCCAUAUACCUACAUCAACUGCCAUGACAACGACCGCAGCCUCCAUAGUGUCGCCGUCGGCAGCAACAACCACUCCGGGCAAAGCGGGUCACCACGACAAGAGGCGUGACGAGGUGACGCCUUGCUCAGUCGGCGGGGGGGACAAGUCUGGUGGGAAACGGUCACGGCGGCAGAAGAACGGAGAGAACCGGGAGAGCUAUGGAAGCAUGGAUCAUGGUGACGAGGUGGGCAUAGGGGCGUCCAGGGAGAAGAGGGCCAAAACGUCGUCGUCCAAGAAGAAGAAGAGGUCAAAGGGCAAGUCCGAGAGGGAGGUGUCACCCCCAGACCUGCCCAUCGACCCAGACGAGCCCACCUACUGCCUGUGUGAACAGGUGUCCUACGGCGAGAUGAUUGGCUGUGAUAACGACGAGUGUCCCAUCGAGUGGUUCCACUUCUCCUGUGUGGGGCUGCAUCACAAGCCCAAGGGCAAGUGGUUCUGUCCCAAAUGCAGGGGAGAGAAUGAGAAGACCAUGGACAAGGCCCUGGAGAGGGCGAAGAAGGAGAGGACCUACCACAGGUAG